CGCGGGCGCUGACGCAGCGGCUGGCGGCGGGCGGCGCGCACACUCCCCUCAGCGCGGUGGCGCUCUAGUGUCCCAGGCCCGGCCGGCGCGGAGAGCAUGGCGGGCGCGGGUCCGAAGCGGCGCGCAGUGGCGGCCCCGGCGGCCGAGGAGAAGGAGGAGGCGCGGGAGAAGAUGCUGGCGACCCAGCCUGCGGACGGCGCGGCCCCGGCGGGCGCGGGGGAGGGCGAGGGUGUGACCCUGCAGCGGAGCAUCACGCUGCUCAACGGCGUGGCCAUCAUCGUGGGCACCAUCAUCGGCUCGGGCAUCUUCGUGACGCCCACGGGCGUGCUCAAGGAGGCGGGCUCGCCGGGGCUGGCGCUGGUGGUGUGGGCCGCGUGCGGCGUCUUCUCCAUCGUGGGCGCGCUGUGCUACGCCGAGCUGGGCACCACCAUCUCCAAGUCGGGCGGCGACUACGCCUACAUGCUGGAGGUCUACGGCUCGCUGCCCGCCUUCCUCAAGCUCUGGAUCGAGCUGCUCAUCAUCCGGCCCUCCUCGCAGUACAUCGUGGCCCUCGUCUUCGCCACCUACCUGCUCAAGCCGCUCUUCCCCACCUGCCCGGUGCCCGAGGAGGCUGCCAAGCUUGUGGCCUGCCUCUGCGUGCUGCUGCUCACGGCCGUGAACUGCUACAGCGUGAAGGCCGCCACCCGGGUCCAGGAUGCCUUCGCCGCCGCCAAGCUCCUGGCCCUGGCCCUGAUCAUCCUGCUGGGCUUCGUCCAGAUCGGGAAGGGUGAUGUGUCCAAUCUAGAUCCCAAGUUCUCAUUUGAAGGCACCAAACUGGAUGUGGGGAACAUCGUGCUGGCUCUGUACAGCGGCCUCUUUGCCUACGGAGGAUGGAAUUACUUGAAUUUUGUCACGGAGGAAAUGAUCAACCCCUACAGAAACCUGCCCCUGGCCAUCAUCAUCUCCCUCCCCAUCGUGACGCUGGUAUACGUGCUGACCAACCUGGCCUACUUCACCACCCUGUCCACGGAGCAGAUGCUGUCGUCGGAGGCCGUGGCUGUGGACUUCGGAAACUAUCACCUGGGCGUCAUGUCCUGGAUCAUCCCCGUCUUCGUGGGCCUGUCUUGCUUCGGCUCAGUCAAUGGGUCCCUGUUCACGUCCUCCAGGCUCUUCUUUGUGGGGUCCCGGGAAGGCCACCUGCCCUCAAUCCUCUCCAUGAUCCACCCACAGCUCCUCACCCCCAUGCCAUCCCUUGUGUUCACGUGCGUGAUGACGCUGCUCUACGCCUUCUCCAAGGACAUCUUCUCCGUCAUCAACUUCUUCAGCUUCUUCAACUGGCUCUGCGUGGCCCUGGCCAUCAUCGGCAUGAUCUGGCUGCGCUACAGAAAGCCUGAGCUGGAGCGGCCCAUCAAGGUGAACCUGGCCCUGCCCGUGUUCUUCAUCCUGGCCUGCCUCUUCCUGAUCGCCGUCUCCUUCUGGAAGACCCCUGUGGAGUGUGGCAUCGGCUUCACCAUCAUCCUCAGCGGGCUGCCCGUCUACUUCUUAGGGGUCUGGUGGAAAAACAAGCCCAAGUGGCUUCUCCAGGGCAUCUUCUCCACAACCGUCGUGUGUCAGAAGCUCAUGCAGGUGGUGCCCCAGGAGACGUAGCCCGGAGGCCGAGAGACUGCGGAGGAGCAUGCGCAGAGCCCCGAGCCCACUGCAGCUCCCCGCCAUCCACAGCUCAGCUGCACACCCAGUGUCCCUCGCUGUCCCUCCCAGGCCAGGCAGCCAAGGCUGCUGUGGAAACUGGUACGAAUCUACGAGUCUCGUCCCUCAAGUGAGGUCCACCCUGGGACCCAGGCGGGGCCUGUGCUCCUGCCAGGAGCGGCUUCCGGUCUCCUUGGGCCCUUUUCCCUUCCCUCCUCUGUUUAAGUCUGUCUUUUUUAACUUAAAUUCUGGGUCAAGUUGACACCACAAGAUGAUGUUUCAAGGGGCUCGGAGGGCAGGAGCCUUCCUUUUUCCCGUUUCUCCCGUUUUUCUCCCGCACACUAUGUGCCAGGGACCAGAUCACUGUCCCUGGGCAAACAGCUACUGAGACUUGGAGCCUCAUCGUGACCGCAGACCUGCACUGAUAGCCAGGUAGCCGGCCCCACACACACAUGCUUGGCUUCUUUAUUUUUUUAUGGUUAAAAAUGCGGUGACAUUCAUGAAAACCACCCCGUGGGCUUAUGUCUCUGCCUUAAAGACCCAAAAUAGGAGCCUCCCACCAGUCCCAGAAGAGACACGGCCACUGCAGUGAGGGUUUGCAGAGCAGAAACUCAGCCAUAGUGGCACCAGGGUGGAGGUGCCUGGAGUGGGGCAGGUGGGGGGCUGGGCAAGGUGAACGAUCCAAGGUGGGUGAUUCCAGGGUCCUCCCAGGAGGCGCUUCAGGCCUGUGGGACUCCUGAGACACCACCCUGAGACAGUGAGCAGCCCUGGGGAGUGGGUAUGCUGGCAUCCCCGCCAGCUCCCCAGGCCUGGCCUUAGGGCAGUGCGGCCUCCGUGUCCAGUUUUGGAGGCCGAGCUCUGGUUCACGCAGACGAAGCCUCGCAUUUUAGUCUUCUGGAAACAGAGACGAGGCAGGCACACCAUGGCCAGGCACGCCAGUGCACGCCCACCCUGGGCCCCACGCAGCAGCGUCCCCAGCCCGAGGUCGCUGCUGCCCUCAGGAUCCAAAGUUCCACCCAGCACCCCACAGCAGCCCCUUACGUCUGGGGCUGGGUUCCCGCUCCCGGCUGAGGCACCUCCUCGCCCUGCCUGUCACCCUCACUGCCUGUCCUGGUCCUGGAGAUAGUGUCAAGCACGGCUCACCUCUGCGACCUGCAGGGUCCAGAGGCCCCUGGACGUGCACUUGGUCCUCACCCCCCGUGGAAAGGCGGAACUAGCAGCCCGUGUUUUCCUCGUUCCUGUUUCUUCCCUGCGGGGGGGCAGCUGAGGCCUGGCCAACUCGGCCCACUUUCCUGAGCUGUCUCUGCCUCUGUGGAAGCAGCCAGGGGCCCACAGAACAAGGAGACCACCCUGCCAGGCCCCUCCUGAGCUCUGGGGGGUUCUGCCUCCUCAGCUUCUCCCCAGUGCUCAGCUGUGGCUGGACGAGCAGCCCUGUGGCACAGCCCCGAGUCCCGCAAGCCAGAAGGCCCUGGAGCAGGCUGGACACAGCUUUACUGACCAGCUUGCUCAAGCCACCAGCUCUGCCACUCUCUGCCUAGGCACCAACCCCCUCACCAUCCAGUGGGCCCACAGAAACCUGAUGAACAGUUUGGGGUCCCGGGCCAGAUGUCCAUCUCUCCUGCUUGAGGAAUGAAGACCUUUAUUCCACAGCCCAGGGGCCCGUCCAGCCCUGGCACCCCUGCCCCGUUGCUUCCAGCUUUACGUGGACUGGCUGCCAGUGUCUGCUCAUAGGAACUGCAUCUUUUCUGGGGCCCAAGGGAUCAGCCCACAGCCUGGAGGCCAAGGACCAGCAGGCAGAUGAACUGACUCUUGGAUGAGACAACACCCAGUCCCUCCGGACCUGUUCUCUUGGCCACAGAUACCAACAGCUGGUGCCCAGCCUGCCUGGGGGGCGGUUGUGUGCACCCAGGAGGCAGUGAACAUCGUAGGCAGUCACAGCCCUCGAGACAGGGGAGCUGCUCCCUGGACGCACCCACCACUGGGAGCUUUCCAUGGGGGCCGACAGGGCCUGUGUGGGUGUCUGCCGUUUUCUGCCCCCCGCAGGGGCCUUGGGAUGCCAUUCUGUUGCAGCCUCCUGCUCUGGGAGGUGGACAUGCCUUAAGGAAGCAGGAGCUAGUUGUCCGUCCAUGAGACACGCUUGCCUGUUGGCUGCUCAGCUGUGGGCAACAUGGGGGCUGCCCGUGUCUGGCGGAAAGUAGCGGCAGCCGCUGCGGUCCCUCUUCAGGCUGCACAGUCUCCCCCGGGCAUCUGGGUUGUGAGGGGGAGGAACUCCACAGAAGGUCAUGGGGGGGUGUCCGCUCUGUGAUCCUUGGUGCUGUGUCCCCCAACCCAGCCCAGGGACCCCAAUUCAGAAGGCAGGGGCUGUGCCCGCUCCCCCUCCUGCUGUGCUGGAAUUCCACAGGGGGCCAGGGCCACCAUAGGGGCUGUCUCAGACGACUUCACUUUCCCUUCCCCCUCUCUCCAUACUCCACUGACAGAUGCCACAGUGGUUCCCACUCGUGGGUCUCAGGUGUUUGAAAGCCACCCCGCCAAGACAAGCAAGCGUUUUUCAGUCGUUUUGCUUUUUUGUGUUGUGCUAACAUCUUAUUCAUUUAAGAUGCUGUCGGCACCGUGUUUAUUUAUUUCCAGUGGUCUCGCUCAGCCUUGCUGCUCUGCGUGGUGCAGGUGCCACGCCUGCUCCCUGUCUGUGUCCCAGCCACGCAGGGCCAUCCACUGUGACGCCGGCCGAGCAGGCCGGACACCUUCUGCCGAGUAAUGUGUGUGGCUGGGAUGUCUUAUUUUGUGUUAAUGGCUAACCUGUUACAUUGGGCUGGGCUGGGCAAGGCAUUCUGGCUUUUUUGUGGGGUUUUGUUUUUAAAGAAACACUCAGAAUCAUCCUA